GUUAUCCCAAUGUUCCGACUUUGUAUGGUAAAACACCCGUACAUGAGAGAUAUUCUCAAGAUUGAGGAGAGCAGGAAGAAGGAAGGCUUCACCAAGCGUCAGAGUACCCGUCCUGUGUACGCUAUCCUCAAGGAUAUCAUGUUGCCCGCAUUCAUCGUUUGGUCUGUUCUAACUAUAACCUUCACCGUAUUCCCUUCCCAAGUAACACAGUUUACCAGCUCAAAGGGCCCGGAUGACAGCGUCAACUUUAUUCCUCUCGUAACUUAUAUGUAUCAGAUUUUCGAUACUGUUGGCCGCUUUGCCCCGAACAUGGGAAUUCGCUUAUCACCAUUAUGGUUGGUUGUUGUUUCUCUCGGACGUGCUAUCUUCAUACCGCUAUUUAUUUGCAUCAGAGUCUUCCCGAGCGUCAUCCCUUUCUACUAUAACUGGUUCAAGCACGUUAUGAUGGCAAUAUUUGCUUUCAGUAACGGUGUUGUUGCUACUCUUGGUAUGAUGCUUGGUCCGAAGAAAGUUCCAAACCAUAAGGAUGAGCAAGAAAUCGCUGGUUAUGCUAUGGGAUUCUGCCUCAUCAAUGGUAUCCUCAUCGGAAGCAUCUUCGGUGUGUGGAUUACAGAUAUGCUAUGAGUUCUUCCCGAAAAUUUCUAGUAUGUCAUUUUUAUCUGCUAAUAUCCAUAUCUGGAUCAUCACUGUUUAUUUUCUACUAUAUUGUUGUAAAAAUCGCUGUGGUAAGUUUCUAUGAUUUGCUGGAUUGUUCGUAUAUUCCUCACUUUGUGGAGGAGCGAUUGUUCUAUACACUCACCUUCACUGUCCAAUACUGUGAUUGUUAAAUCUUCAACGGUCGAGUGACCU